AUGGCCCUCAAAUCCUACACUGCAGGCGAGUGGAUCGCCCUAUUCACCCUCCACUCAACAAUGAAUCCGGACUUCCCUCAGCCAGGUGCGGCAAAGGUUUUAACCACAUCUCAAGCUCUUCUAGAGUGGAUUCGAGAAGGUUUUCCGUGGACUGGUGAACUAUCUCGGCAACCUACAGACGAAGCUCUCGGCGAAAUGGUAGAAUGUUGGCGGAUAUGUGGAUUUUUGAGACAGGAGACAGAUUCGGCCAGAAUGUUUGGAGAGCUCAAACAGCGAAGAGAACAAUCGAGAAGAGGCAGUGCUGUUGGAUGGUUUCCAGAUGCUGAUAAGUUCAGUCACUGGAUAUUUGUUUACGGGGCAAGGAAAAAUAUAUAUGGGAUUACUUAG